GAGUCUCAACUUACAACGAGGGUGCUCAACAAACUUGUCAAUUCUUUCGGAAGACGCCAGGUCCGUCUCUUUCAGUCGAAUCGGUUGGAAGAUCAAUACUAGAAAUUGAUACCUCCAUAUUCAAUUAUGGGUUUGAAUUCUGUACAUAGAUAGAUAUAUGAAGUUUUGUACGUACAAGCUGCAGCAUACCUCUGCUUACUUCUGAAUCUAUUGUUGAUUAUGCAUUUCUGUCGAAGAUACAUUCAUACGACACAUGCACCUAUAAGUUUCCGCGUGUGUAAAUGCGUUUAAGAAUUCGCGUAUUUUAAAGUCAAUUGCUCGAUGUUCCGAUCUGAAUGUUCAUUUUCAGACGGUUUGAUCAUCUUGUAGUGAUGUGAUCGACUUUUUCUGGAGCGAAACCCUAAUUCAUCAAUAGGGGGAGGGCAUGAGUUUUUAAUGGAAGACCUAAAAGAUCACCUGCUACCAAAACCUACACCACAAUCAAACCUUGCAGAUUCAUCUUCAAGACCAUUUGCAUCAUUACGCCAGCCAUUUCAAGGUGUAGAUGUUCUAGGUCUAAAAAAGAGAGGCCAAAGUGUUCGAUCAUGGAUUCGUGUGGAUGCUUCAUCUGGAGAUUCACAAGUAAUUGAAGUUGAUAAGUUCACUAUAAUGAGACGUUGUGAUCUUCCUGCUCGUGAUCUUCGUUUACUUGAUCCAUUAUUUGUUUACCCUUCAACAAUUCUUGGCAGAGAGAAGGCCAUAGUUAUAAACCUGGAGCAGAUUCGUUGCAUAAUAACAGCUGAUGAAGUUUUGCUUCUGAAUUCUCUUGAUAGUUAUGUACUACAGUAUGUGGUUGAACUACAACGAAGAUUAAAAGAGUUUUGGAAUUCCGAUGAGUUAAAAAGAUUGAGAGAAUGUAAUGCAUUUAAUGAUUUAUCUGGGAACAAUUCAUCAUCUGAUUAUUUACCCUUUGAGUUUAAGGCUCUAGAAAUUGCCCUUGAAGCUGCUUGCACAUUUCUAGAAACACAGGCAGCAGAAUUAGAAACUGAAGCAUACCCAUUGUUAGAUGAACUCACAUCAACAAUCAGCACAUUAAACUUGGAACGUGUUAGAAGAUUAAAAAGCAGACUUGUUGCAUUAACUCGAAGAGUCCAAAAAGUAAGAGAUGAAAUAGAGCAAUUAAUGGAUGAUGAUGGAGAUAUGGCUGAAAUGUAUCUUACAGAAAAGAAAAAAAGAAUGGAGUCAAUUUAUUAUGGUGAACAAUCUAUGAUUGGUGAAGGUGUCCAAUCUUUUUCAGCUCCUGUUUCUCCAGUUUCUUCACCUCCAGAUUAUCGAAAGCUUGAAAAAUCUUUUAGUUUUGCAAAAAGUAGACAUGAAAGCAUGAGAAGCUCAGAAAAUGGGAAACAACAUAUUGAAGAAAUGGAGAUGUUGUUGGAGGCUUAUUUUGUUGUCAUUGAUAGCACUCUUAAUAAGCUCACAUCGCUGAAGGAAUACAUUGAUGAUACUGAGGACUUUAUUAACAUUCAACUGGAUAAUGUGAGGAAUCAGCUUAUACAGUUUGAGUUGUUGUUGACAACUGCAACAUUUGUGGUUGCGAUUUUUGGAGUAGUGGCGGGAAUAUUUGGGAUGAAUUUUCCGAUAGGAUUGUUUAACAGUUCAUCGGCUUUUAAUUGGGUAUUGUUGAUUACAGGAGUUGCUGGACUCCUCAUUUUCUUUUCUUUUUUGUGGUUUUUUAAGUCUAGGAGAGUCAUGCCUUUUUAGGAUUAAAUUUUGUACAUCUUUUCUUUCUUCUUACCAAGUUUUGAUUAAUAAUGUAUAGCUGAAUGUUUAAAAAGGUUUAUUUAUUUGUUUGUUUAUUUUA